UAGAGGACCUGGAGGAUACCGCCACAGGGUUUGUCUGUGUGGGAGAACAACAUGGCCGCCAGGGACUUUAUCUGGGCGGUCAGAGAAGCCACAGGGAGUCGGCCAGCAGCGACCACCGCUCCAAUGAAGUGGUGGUGAUGAGGAAACUGGCCCUGUCUGAGAGGAGGGACUCCUUUAAGAAGCAGGAGGCGGUGCAGGAGGUGAGCUUUGACGACCCGGAGGAAAAGGAGGCCCAAAGCCCUGCGCUCCCCAUCAGGCAGCCGCGUUUCAAGGCGUCGUGGAUCAACUCGGCUCAGUCCGACUGGAGUCUGGAGGUGGCAGGGCGAGGAGCACAGGGUACAGCAGCGCAGAAAUCCAAGCCAAAGGAGAAGGAGGGGUAUUAGCCUAGCGUUGCUCCAAUAAGGUGAAAGGUCUAGGUAGAGUCACACCCUAGACUAAGGUUACAUACUCUCUGACCGGCUACUGUACCGUAUAUGAAGGGCUUGCAUGUUUAUCCGUGAGAGUAUACUCAAGCCUGAGCCAAUUGAGGCAACUGGAGGGAGAGUACAACAAAAAGAAGAGUUCACACGGUGGAGUUACAGUAUGCAUCUUACCACACUCGAAACUGUUGAGACAAAAUUGGUUUAAUCCCUCCCACCUUUGGUUUUAGGUUCACUGUAGCACCUGUAACAUUUUUGUACUUUGUAAAUACAUCAUUUUUUAAAUGAAAUAACCUAUUUAUUACUUUUUAUGUUCAUUUUAUUUGUUUCGGGCUAAAUAUAACUUCAUUUAUUGGCCCUUAUUUGUGACAAUGUCACAAAUUUGAUGUGCCCAUUCUGUUAUGUGAAUGGAUAGAGACACGAGGAAUCUCCAAGUUAAUUAACUAAAUUAAGAACAAAGAUUUGGAUGUGGCUUAUAGAUGCAGCCAGCCGAUGAAUAAAAUGUUUUCUCCAAUAUCUGUUAAAUUGUUUAACAUUCUAUUAGUAUUCCAAACGUGUUUCAUGACAUGAAAUAUGGCUGCUGAUUUUGUCUGAUCAACAUAGGCCUUUCAAACAUACGUUGAAUGUUUAUGUACUUAGUGUGUCCAAGCCCUUUAAUUCAGUGCUGUCUUUAACACACUAGAACAAUAAUGUGGUAGUAAUGAUUCAUGGUCACAGGGAUAGUGAAAUAGUGCCCCCGUGCCAAAGCAUGGAUUUCUCAUAAGAACCCUUCUAAAUAAGAGGUACUGUACAUAGGAAGCUUCAGGAUUGAGCCCUGCUGCCAAGCCCUGUCAAUCAUUCCAGUGAUGUCAUCAAAUGGAUAAACUCCACCGAUUUCUUCCAUUGGUUUAAAUCACAAAAUGAUUGACGGGACACAAAAUAAAGGACGCUUCGUUCUGUCAUUGCUACCUUUUUGAUACUAGAUUGUUUGUGAUCCUGCGAUACCAUACUGACCUGCUUGUUGAAGCAAGCUACCCUACAAUGUAAUCUAGCGGUUGAGUGUAUUUGCACAGGUUAGGCGUUUUCCCUUAACACUGUUCUCAUCCUUUUUCAGAACUCUUGUUUUCCUUUUGCAUUUUAAGAAUUGUGCAGUGUAUGUAGGAACUGGCUCCCUGUGCUGUUUAAUGUCAGAUGUGUACUGUAUGUGAACUUUUUCAUCUUCACUGUUAAAUGGGGCAAUCUGCAGUUGCUCUAUCCAUUUUUUAAUUAUAUGUACCCAUUGAUUCUUGAUGAUUAUAAUUUAUGAAAGCCUCAUGAGCUUCGUUCAACUGUCGUUCCCCAUCAGAACCCAAAAUAUAAACUUGUUUUUCUCCAGUGGUUGUAAACAAAGUAAAUGUAAACAAACCCUGUAAAGCCUCAAAACAUGGUUAAAACAAUAUAUAUAUUUUUUGAUAUCAUGAAUUUUAGUGGUUGCAUUUCUCCAGCCCAUUCCUCAGUGUUUUACUAAAACAGUGGUGUGGAGAAGAGUAGGCUUUGUUAUUGUUUCAACUGCUGAUUGGCUCUUUAAAUUAUUUUUAAAAAAUGUACCCCUUUUUCCUCCCCAAUUUCGAUCUUGUCUCACGGCCGGUUGUAACACAGCCUGGGAUCAAACCCGGGUCUGUAGUGACACCUCAAGCACUGUGAUGCAGUGCCUUAGACUGCUGCGCCACUCGGGAGGCCCCCUUGAAAUUAUUCUGAACAACUAAUGACAGGGAUCAGCAGGAUUCCAACUGAAGGACAAAGAAAUUAAACUGUGUUUUGUAUAUUUUGAUAUGGAAGCAGUCUUGUUUCAUUGCUGAUACGCCUAUGCUGUUUACGAACACCAUAACUAACCUAAACGGAAGUUGGCAAUCAAGAACAACAGACUUGAUAGAAUGGUGAGAGAUUUGAAGAUUAGAUGUAGGCAAUGGUUUGGCUGUCAGCAUUGUAUACUGUCAUUGUUUUCUUCUGCAACUAGAAUGAACAACCAAAAUUCUUCCACUUGUGGUUAUAUCAGAUAAACUGUUCUAUUAGGAUGAACUGUCUUACUGUAUGUCAGAUGAUGUUAGGAACAUGUGUUUCACAGUUGUCUGGGGAUAUGGGAAUAUUGACCAAGUUAAAACACAAAUAAUAAUUUGUCACCAACUAAUACUUGAACAACUGGAACGAGACAGGAUAACAGAAGGUCAGAAAUCUAAAACGUAUCUACUUUUUAAAAUUGAUAUACUUUAUUAGUACUUGAAAUAAAUAAGUGUGAUUUUUGUGAGGGUAUAAUAAAAUAGGGCAUUCAAUUCAAAAUGGAUUUCCCAGAUCUUGAUGUUGUCAAAAUGUGGUCCCUUUAUUGGAGAUUAUACUGUGUCCUCAUGCUAGACAUUUUUCACUGAACUGGAUAACUAGUCGUUAUAUUAGUCCGAUGUUUUCAUGGUCUUGCUUGCUAGAGAAUUUCUGAUUCUUUGAUUGCAAAUAUAUGACCCAUUCUGCACUUUUACACUGUUUAAUGUAACGCAAGAAAAAAAGACACUGGUUCUGAAUGCAAAAUUAGCCCAAAUUAGUGUGUCGUUUUACAUAAUUGAAAUAUAUUCAUUUAGUGGUCUUUGAUUCAACUUCAAUAAUAAAACAGGGUGAAAGCCUGAGGUGCACGCAGAAUAUAACCAACUGAUUACAACUACCUUCUCAUAUUUUUUCCUGAUGUAUGAUAAAUGGGAUAUCUGUAAUGGUCAAUUGUAAUCCAUAAACAUAAUUAAUGUUUGUUUUGUCUUACCUUGGUGGCCCUCAAACUUCAUUGUAUAUUUCCCAAACUGGUUUCUGGUGAAAGUUGGUGUGAAAUUAAUUUUCUCUCAAUUGUCUAACUGUUUGAAAUAAAUGAAUGGCAGAAGAAUAA